CUAAUCCCAGCAAAGAAUAUUUUUCCUUUGAAAUAAUUAUAUUUCCUUUAUAAUUCUUCGAAGAAGAACUAAAGAAGGUACAAGGAGUUCCAGUGGUCUUGUAGGGAAAGCGAUGUCUCGAGGUUUCCAGGGGGGGAUGAGGGGAGAUUGCUUAGAGAACAGUAGAGAAGUAAUAAUGGAGACGUCUGCUUGGGGACAAUUAUUGUGUAACACAGAAACAAAACCUCCCAUUCGUUUAAUGAAAGAUAACAUAACCAUUGGAAGAACUAGUCAUUGUGAUAUAAGUUUUCUGAGCAAUAAGUUAAUCUCAGGACGCCACUGCACCUUAUCUCGUGAUGAAAAUGGCAAAACGUGGUUGACAGACAUCAGCACAAAUGGGACAUUUCUUAAUGGACGAAAAUUGAGAAAAAACAAAAAAGUGGAACUUAAUCACAACGACAAACUGCAGCUUGUUAAAAGACAAAACCAACCAACUGAGGAUGUUGUUUACACAUAUCAAGAUCUAAAGCCACGUCUUCAAGAUGAAGAAUAUAAUCUACUGGAAAGUACCGGAGAGUAUAGCAGAACAGAUGACUCCAGUGCGCAAGAAAUAAAUGAUGAGACUGAUAGUGUUGAUGAGACUAAUAAGGAUGCAGAACAAGCACAAGGAACAAAACUAGUUUCAUCUGUUAAAGAAAAGAAAAUGUGCCCUCAAACUGAGCAGAAACAUGAUGAUGAUAAAGUCCAGAUAAAAGAUGAACCCAAAAUCCAGGAUAACAUGAGAGAAACCUUGAUUUGUAGCAUUUGCCAGGAUAUUUUUCAUGAUUGUCUAAGUUUGCAGCCCUGUAUGCACUCAUUUUGCUCAGCUUGUUACUCAGAGUGGAUGAAGAGGUCAAAAGCAUGUCCCACAUGUCGUCUGCCAAUUGAACGUAUGAGCAGAAAUCAUAUUGUCAACAAUUUGGUAGAUGCAUAUCUAAAAGAUCACCCAGAUAAAAAGAGGGAUGCAGAGGAAUUAGCUGAAAUGGAUGCCAGGAAUAAAAUAACUGAAGAUAUGAUUCGACCAAGCAAAAAAAGGAAGCUUUCUCCCAUUGUCAUCUAUCAUGAUGAUGAUGAUGAUGAUGAUUAUCUAAGUGAUGACUUAAGUGAAGACAACAGCACUGACAAUACAGCAGAAAGUGAUGAUGAAGAUACUGGAGUGGUAUUUACCAGCGUAGUCCCUGGAUUCAGCAUGGGUAUGCCCACAUCAGUUGGCUCCCUCUUUGGAUUCACAUCAAGCACUCCCAGCAGGCCUCCUCCCGUUGUCUGCCGUUGGUGCCCGAGUUCUCGUCAAAACGAAACAAGCUCUUCAGCGAGCGGCUCAGGAAGUGUUAGAGAAAUCAGACCAGGAGUACCUCAACCAGUGUGUCCAUCCGGAUCAUUUCAUCUGCUGUGUCUGUGCUGUGGUAAACCAAUGCCAAAACAAGAGAAUCUUCUCCCACCACCAGGAAGCAUUCCUUAUGCUAAAAGUCAAAAAUGUGGCAUUUGCCAGAACUUCUAUUGUAACUUGCUAUGGAAAUGUGAUAAACCUGACUGCCUGGGAUGUCUGAAUGAGUUUAAAGAUAUCAAAUUCAACAGCAAUUGCCUUGAUGGAGUAAUACUGAAUAAUAAAUACGAGUCGCAGAUCUUGAAGAAUUACCUCAACGACAAAGGUAGGAACAUUCAAGAUCUUCUUUCAAAAUGUUUGGAAAAGUUGGAUACAAAGACUUACACGACGACAGAUCUUGUGAUGAAACCUGAAUUAAGUUCAAUUUUCAUACUGUGCUAUCGCUGCGCGCUCAAGAAUCUUAAAGAACUGGCGUUUCAAUUUCGCCGAGACAUUCCAAACGAGGAGCUCCCAGCUGCUGUGACGUCCCGACCGCAUUGCCAUUGGGGAAAGAACUGCCGAACACAAACCAACCCAAAUAAUCCACAUCAUGCCAGUCGAUAUAACCACAUAUGCGAGCAGACAAGAUUCAGAUGAGCUCUGUUUAUAUAUUUCGAGGACGAAUGAGGUGUAAAUUCUCGUAAAACAUGAGGGGUGAAGAUGAAAAGAGCCUUAGCAAAGUUGAAUGGAGUCUCAGUAUAUUUGCAAUACUUGACGGGACUUUUUCAAAAUAUCCAAACAAAGGAUUUGGUCUAAAAGUGAAAGGCUUUUCCUGUUUUUCACCUUUGUAAAAACGUCUGUCCAGAACUAAUAAGUUUCGCUUUC